UCUCUCUCUCUCUCUCUCUCACUCUGACACAGACUCUUUCUCUCUCGGCUAAAAGAGAGGCGUUUCCUCUCGCGUGCAAAAAAACAAAAAAAGAGGACCGGGGUACCGCAAAGCCGACUCACACAGUAGGCGCGAGCCGCCGCCGAACCGAGAGGGAGGUUCACUCAGGCGCGCGCUCACCUCUGCGACUGCAUUUUUUUUAUUAUUGUUUAAAGAGCGCGUGAGCAGGUGCACCUCAGCACGAGCCCGGAUUCUUUCUUUUUUCUCCACUCUUUCAUGGACUUUAUACUUAUUCAUUAUAUUUACAGUUAUAUAGAUGUAUAUAUAUAGCCUUGCAGGCGAAACCGGGUCUCGUGGCCGCCGUUAGACUGGAGAGCUCGAGGCCACUUCUGCGGCGUAAAUUACCGGAGGAAAGUGAGUUCUUAUUCCCAGAAGUGCUAAGCGGAAAACCUCAUCAUGAACACAGGUAGAGAAAGUCAUUCAUCAGACUCAGAUGGCUGGCAGUCUCGCAGUGUGACAGACGGAUUGAGGAACGGCGAUGCAAGCAGCUCUACUAUGACAUCUAAAGGUUACCGGAGUGUUCGUUCCAGCAUGCAGGACAAGAGCAGUCCCGUCCCGGUCCCGCUCCCACCCCCUCGGAGAGAGAGCUAUCACAUGACACCUAACCCCCCGCCUUAUAGCUCGCUUGUUCCCUCCGGUUCUUACACCAUCAAAUCCAGCUCCUCGUCCUCUUAUUCAUAUUCUGAGACUACUCGCAAUACUAAGACCAGCUCAGAUGGAACCCCAGAGGCUAAUGCUAACACUAACGCUAAUAGCUUCAUUAGCCAGCUCCUGGAGCGCAAGGUGUCGUCUCUCAAACUUGCUAACGAAGGAUCCAACUCUGCUACUACUAAAAUCAGUGCAGAUGUAACCAAUAAUACUAACAUGAAUAAAUCUUGGGCUAAUACUAACAUAGCAAAGGUCAUGAACCCUGGUUCUCCUGAUAGUCCGCCAUCCCCACCACCACGUACACACUCCAAAUCCCCCGCUACAACACACACAGCCUCUCUCUCCAUUCAGAUAGCUCCUAAAGGUUCAAAAUACCAUGCUGAAUCUGGACUCCAAACGGGAUCCGGAUCCAAAAGGCAGGAUCCUGCUGAGCCAAGCCCCAAAGUGCCACCCAGACCGACAGGCGAUGUGGCGCGUGAUGUAUCCCCACCAAGAGGUACCACCGACUUUCAUCCUGGGGCAUCCUACAGCCGUGAAAGUCAGGACUCGCCUGACUUCCUGUCCGGGCCAAACGCUUCGUCACGAUCUCUUUCGGCCCUGAGUCACUAUUCAUCAUCAACAGCCGUCCUUGAAGAACUGCAGAUCUGCGCCGUGGACUCACACGAGGCCACGCCCACCCCCUCCCCCACACUCAGCCAUGCUUCUGUUCCCCCUGAUGAUGUCCCUGCACCCACUGCCUCAGCAACGGCUGCUGAUACUAACGGUCAGAUGGCAGUAAAUGGAAGUACGUACUCUCAGAGGCCAUUCUCUCCUCCAGCACAGCGUCCUCCUCCACCUGUCUUUAGUCAUGGACUCGAGCAAUUCCAGCACAUGAGACACUCCGAAGGUUCAGAGUCAGUACACAGGGAGUCGGUGUCAGUGGGUGGGAUGUCCUUCAGAAGCGUGACUCCAGUGGCUCGUUUCUCAGAGGAGGAAAAGAAAGUUUCAGUGAUCAAGGCGCCCCAUUAUGAGGGCAUCGGGCCUGUGGACGAUUCGGGCCUCCCCCUCGCUAUCCGAACGACUGUAGACAGGCCUAAGGACUGGUACAAGACCAUGUUCAAGCAAAUCCAUAUGGUGCAUAAACCAGAUGAUGACUAUGCAGACACAUACGGUGCUACCUACGCUGUUGGGAAUAACGAGAACUUCGACCCUGUCCACGCCCACCCUCCACCUCGGACGCACACAUACCGUCCUCUCUCCCGGAACUCCGAGCCCAGCAGUGCUCCGCCCCCUCGAGAGUUGAGCCCCGUCCCACCCCCGCCCCCUCCCAUGCCCUCGCUCCUGCAGCUCCGCUCACGAGACCUCGACCGUGAGAAAGACCUUCCACACGAUCCAAAUGAAUGGAGUCCCCCAGAUCGUAAAGUGGACACACGGCGGUAUCGUGCUGAGCCACGUAGCAUCUUUGAGUAUGAACCCGGCAAAUCCUCCAUCCUGGAGCACGAGAGACCGAGUUUUGAUUUAGAUGCAGAUGAGAUAGAUUUAGAGAACGAGCCUUGGUUUAAGUUCUUUUCAGAGCUGGAGUUUGGCCGGCCGCCUCCUAAAAAGAGGCUGGAUUACACGCCUGACUGCUCCACCCACUCCCGCGCCCAGACGUCUCUCCAUCUUUCAUCCUCUGAGCGGCCUGAGAGCUCCUCCAGUGACUAUAGGAAGAGAAGAAAGUCGGAGCCGUUUGUCACUCAGCAGAGCACAGGAAAUGAAAAGAAUGCUGGUCCAACCUCGAGACUCGAGCCCUACAAAUCCAACAGCCUGAAGAAGCCUGCUGUACGUUCCUCACCUUCAUCUCCAGCAAAAGCAAAAGCUGGAGGCACUUGUGAGUCUCUCUCUCCAUCAGUCAGCUCCCCAGGUAUGGACCACGUGUCCUCCCACCUUUCCUCUGACACCCUCUCCCUCUCCACAUCCACCCUGCGCAGCUCCAAGCAAUCUAUUAGCUUCAAGAAUGGCUGGCAGGUGUGCCAGAAGGACAGCGCUGAAACUUGGAGCAGCGUGGAGGAUGAGGAAGGAGGCGCUUCCUCUCCUCGCCUCAAGUCUCGCAGCUGUGAUGACUUACUCUCGGACAGUAAUGUUGGAAUGAACGGCAAUCGUUCAGAAAGUGUCGGGUCACUGCUUGGUGAAGGGGGAACACGUCAGCCACAGACGCAAGCAAAAAGUCUUAAUUCGUCCCCUAGAGCACGGCGGCAUCAUCGGCGCAAAAUGGCCCAUGAUACACCAGGUUUCCUGCAGCUUUACAAGACGAUGCACCACAUUGACCGUGCACAGCUUCUGCCCUCAGAAGUGAUCUGUUCUGUCCGUGCCCGCAUCCUGGAACUCGAGCGACAGCAGCAACAGCACCGGAAGAACCUCCAUUCAUGGGCAACAUUUGGACAGGAAGUACCACAGCGAAUGGUGCCAAAUCGGAUCUCAGAGUAUGAGCAGCUGAUCCAAAAGUCCAAGUCCAUGCCAGACCUUGGUGAUGAUAACACUCCAUCAGGUACGACCACACCGGGGUCUUCUCGAGCCAGCAGUUGCCCAAAGCGCCGCUUCUCAGUGGAGUCACUCCUGGAAGAGGAAGACCCUCCAGAAAGGGCGAGAAGUCCCCCAGAAGGUCAACCACGACCAGGUCCAGAAGAUCGCAGCCUUGUUCCGGUGGUCAGACAGAACCAGCACCAGCAGCAGGACUACUCAGACAGUGAGCAGGAUGCUUGUGCCUCUGAAUUGAGUGAUUUUAUUCAGAUAGAAGGAUCUUCCUUCUGCAGUGAGAGCGACUUGGACCACUGCUCACUAGCAUCAUCUGAGAGCUUCUGUGGUUCUGGACACCAUCACCACCACCACCACCACCACCAUCACCACGGACGCCGUCACCACAGCAGCCACCAUCACCAUCUCCACCAGAGUCUGGGCCAGAGUCAAGGUUACCACCACCGUCACCUCAUCAGCUCCUGUAAGGGGCGUUGCCCAGCUUCCUACACUCGCUUCACCACUAUGCUUAAGCAUGAAAGAGCACAGCAAGAGAGCCGCGCCACCAUCACGCCUCCACUGGCUCUGCAAUCACCCAGCGAAUCAGGCCUUUCCAAGCUGGCCUUCUUGGUUAGCCCGGUGCCUUUCCGCAAAAAGCGGGAUUCCUCACCAACCCAGCGGCGCCAUAGUCGCUCUGGCCACCACAAAUCAAAGGCAGCAAUGUAUGAGGCUUUAGAUGCUGCCCUACAGGACAUUUAUGACCACUUAAGGGCUGAGAAAGGGCUGGGGGCUGCUCGGUUGCCGGAUGAUAGCAUCUUACGCCGGCUACUGCAGGAGUUGCUCCCAGAAGUUCCAGAAAGGAGCUCGUCACUGCGGGGUCGGCGGGGGACCUACUCCCCUUCCUCCUCCCACCACUACCAGCCUUACCACAGUGCCUCCUAUCAGCAGCCCCACCACGCAGAUGCCUCCAACAACAACAACCAGCACACUAAUGCUAGCUCUAACGCACACUAUUAUUCAGAUCAGGGGUCUGAUGCUGGACGCCUCACACCUCAGAACAGAAGACCUACUCCGGAUCGUGAGGUAUCCUCUAAGCAGAUGACAUAUCUCAUAUUGUCUUCUCUUCUCCAUCAGAGACAGUCUGCCAGGGCUAUUUAUGACUUUAAAGCUCAGACCAGCAAAGAGCUCUCCUUUAAGAAGGGCGAUGCGAUCAACAUCAUCAGACAGAUCGACAGCAACUGGUAUGAAGGAGAGCACAGAGGACGCAUCGGGAUAUUCCCUAUUUCUUACGUGGAGAAGGUCGUGUCUCCUGAGAGGAAGCAGCCGGUGCGUCCUCCUCCACCGGCCCAGCUCCGGGAGAUGGGAGAGGCAGUGGCUCGCUACAACUUCAAUGCCGAUACCAACGUGGAGCUUUCGCUCAGGAAGGGUGAGAAAGUGAUCUUGCUGAGGAAAGUUGAUAAAAAUUGGUAUGAAGGAAGGAUCCCUGGCUCUAAUAAGCAGGGGAUUUUCCCUGUGUCAUACGUCGAUGUCAUCAAGGCAUCCCCUACUAAAAGUCCUGGUCACCGUGUUGACAGCUACAGGGUGCAGAAGAGGAUGAUGCAGGAUUCACUCCACGGAGCCGGAGAGCCGUUCCAGGUGGUGUAUAACUACGUGCCCCGGAAUGAGGAUGAGCUGGAGCUGCGAGAGGGGGAUGUGGUCGACGUGGUGGAGAAGUGUGACGAUGGCUGGUUCGUAGGAACGUCUCGGAGGAGCCGGCUGUUCGGGACGUUCCCAGGAAACUACGUUAAGACUCUUUAAUGAAGAUCUACGGCACAAGAACCGAGGCUCGGUGUGGAACCUCGACCCUGAGUGUGUGUGUGUGAGAGAGUGUGUGUAUGAGUGUGUAUAUGUGUGUAUGUUCUCAUGCAAAAACAGUUUUAGCGCUCACUAGCCACCCCUCAGUUUUCUUUUCUCCUCCUCUGAAGUUUUGCUUCCAUCAUAAACGAGGAGCUCAGCACUCUCCUUCCUGCUGUAAUAAUAUUCACCUUAUUUAUUAGCCAUAAUAUUUACAAUAAGCAAUAGUUUUAGUUUUUGUUUUUUUUUUGGAGGAGGAGGCAGGGUAUGAGUAGAAGAGAAGCUCUGAGACGUGAUUGGUGGAGAGAAAUGAUUGACAGCUGAUGCUUAGUCAUCAUAUAUGAAACAGAGAGACAGAUCUGUUGUUUUUGGGAAUGAACACUGAUAUCUGUGGGAGGUUUCAAGUGGGCGUGGCCUAUUCAGCUGCUCACGAAAUGAUAAAAGCCACAAUAAUCUACGGUACACUGUAUACCACAUACAUAAACAUUUUAUAUCCUCUACAGGACAUGGUUAAGACGUUUCUCUGUAUUUGUAGCGUUUAAGUUGUGUAUGUAAUGAAUCACGGUGGGAUUUUGGAGGUAGAGGUUUAAGAAUUCAGUCCGUUUCCGCUGAGUAAAUGCUGGAUGAUGGAGGGAUAUCACACGGGGCAAAAAUGUUAGGCUGUUCUUACUUCUGCUGUUUUUUUCCCCUCCAAAUUACAAAGCAAAGACAUUUUUUUUUUUUUUUUUUUACAUUUUGACCAAUCAGAUCGCAUGGUGAGGCGAUGUGUGAAAAAUACAAACAUGGCAACAAAAAAAGCUAGUGAACAUGAGGACAUUUACAACAUAAAUAGGAAAUAUUCUAAAGUAACUGAACUUUUUUGUUCUUUCUUUCUUUCUUUCUUUCUUUCUUUCUUUCUUUCUUUCUUUCUUUCUUUCUCUCUCUCUCUCUCUCUCUCUCUUCUCAAAUUUCUGUCUCUUUCUUUGGGUUCUUUUUCCGUUCCCUUUUCUUCUUCUUCUCUCUCUCUCUCUCUCUCACUUAUAUUUCAUUAUUUUCUAUUCCUCUCUUUCUUUCUUUUCUUGAACUCUUCUGCUCUUAUUCCUUUCAUCAUCCUUUUUCGUCGCUUUAUGAAUUGCUAUCAUUUUCUUUUCAUUUCUCCUUUUCUGCCCUCUUCUUUUCUUUCCAUUCAUCUUCAUGUUUUCUUCUUCUUCUUCUCCUCCUCCAUCUCAAAUUUCUUUUUCUUCACAUUUCUCUCCUUUUUUUGUUACCUUUUGACCAAUCAGAUUGCACGUUGAGGCGAUGUAUGAAAAAACAAACAAACAUGGCAACGUAAAAAGCUAGUGAACGUGAGGCGAUUAACAACAUAAAUAGAAAAUAUUCCAAAGUUAAAAAUAUUUUUGUGACGUUUCGCCUCCAAAACCAUCCACCUCCUCAUCUCCAGCCUCACUCACUUUUGUUUCAUCUGUAUUACUGAUAACGAUAAAUCAGCUCCGGAGAGCAAAAGGUAGGCUGUUAGCCGAGACUAGCUAGUUCAGUGUUGCUAUGGUUACAGUGUGCACUAAAUUGUAAGCCAAAAAACAACUAGUGUGAACACGUCCUGUAGAGACGGCGGUCACAGUUUGAGGAUCUUUUUUAUUCUUUUUUGGAAAUAUGGAACAAAAUAAUAAGCAAUUCUUCCUAACGUUCUACGUUUGCUCCAUCUUUUUCACUAAUGCGUCUGUCACGAAAUCCUAACAGCGCCACCUGCAGUACAGGAGGACGUGUGUUUUUUUGCCGCUCACGACGUCGUCUCCGUAGUAACCACACUCAAGGUGAUUAAUGGACGCAACUCAGGAGUGAACUAGUGCACAAGCAAUAACUUUGCUUUCCGUCCUCGAAAAAGACGCUGAUGAAGUAUUACUUUCCUAAAUGAUGAUGAUGAGUUUCUGUCUGAGUCUCCAGUAUGUUUCUAUGUUUAAAGACUUUUACACAUUGAAAAGAUGUUAAAGGUAGAAAACAGUUCUUGCAUUGUGAAUGAACCGAAGUUCGUGCCACUUUUCACUUCCUUUUCCUCUUUGUAAGAACACAAACAGGACGUUUGGACAGUUUUAUGAUCUUUUAUAUUAUUCCUGUUUUCUUGUCACCAGGCUUCAUGUUACAGAUGUUCCAGAUGUUCAGCGUUGGCGAGCAUAGCCGCACUUUACCUACACGAGUUAAUGUUUGUUUCCAUAAGCUUCAUGGUUUUGGUUUUGUUUUGUUUCUUAACAAAAAUCCACUUGCUUUAUAAAGUCACUUUGCUCACA